AUGGCUCAGAUCCCAACUGACCAGCGGGAGCACGAGCAACACCCCUCGGUACAAAAGAGGACCCAAUUUUCCUCCGGCUCUGAGGCCAUUCUGAACACAAAUCUCAGUGGCCCCCAGCCUUACUACCCUGGUUCCCAGGUCGAGAAGUGGCCGGCUUACACACAAGCCCCAGCCCCAGGAUCCAUGAUCCCCCCUCAACAGCCUGGCUAUAGCAAUCCGUGGGGCGCCACAGUGUUUGAGACCUAUGAUCCCACUGCAUCGCGCUUGCCCCGGUAUCCAGGGCCUGAAAACGCCUACUUCUCCUCCUUCCGCCCGGCUCAUCCUUCGCACCAAAACCCUAUGAUUGCCACCCCAUCAAACAUGAACCCCAACUUGAACGCCCGAUCAUAUAGGCACCCAGAUCAGGAUAAUACCUUAGACUGGAAUACUCAGCCUGUGUCUUCAUCCUCUUUCUUUGUACCGGAUUCCUAUUGGCUUCACCCGGGGCACUUGGAAGCUACCGAAAGCAAGAUACAAGCUAUUUCCAUGCGCGCUACUCCAUCGCCACCUCUUUCGGUUUCUCCCCAUCAGUCACCAUCACAAUCUCUUGACAGUACUAGCCCCGCCCCCACAACUACCACCAACGCAAUGGGAGAUGGGAACUCACCACCAACGAGCCUUGGAGAUCACAGCGAAGAAGAGCACACUGCUGACCCGCCAUACUCCGCUUUGAUCUAUGAAGCCCUGAAGGAUGCCGAGGAUAGGAAGCUCACGCUAAAAGAAAUCUAUCAAUGGUUUGAGGAGCACACGAAUAAAAGUCGAGAUCCAAGCUCCAAGGGCUGGCAGAACAGCAUUCGCCACAACCUGUCGAUGAACCAGGGAUUUGAGGCCAUAAAAGGCGAAAGCAUCCACGGAAAGAAACCAAACAAUUUCUGGCGCCUCACAGACGAAGCUUUUGAGAACGGCAUUCAAUCUACGACACGAUACCGCAGGGCAACCAACAAAGGCAAGAUGACCAUUCCAGAUUCCGCGAUCCGCGACCGUCGACGCUCAGAGUCGAAAGGUGGGUGGCCGAUGAAACAAGUGGCGAAGACCCGCCUGAAUGCCCAGGAGGACCAGCGCAGGGAGCAGUACGUUGACAGAAAACCAACGUUACGGCCACAAGACCCGUCCACGCAGCCUCACCAGCAGCCUCACCAACAGCCAAUGCGGAGCCCAUUCAUGCCUUCCCCGAAAAUCUUCGGAAUAUCGUCGUUUGAUCGGAGCUCAGAGCCGGCCUCAUCUGCUCUGCCAAGAAGCAGCACAUCCCAAUUUUACGAGGCGAUCGGCUGCACCAGUCCUCCGCCUGGCAGCAAUGGUGUGUUCUGCGUGGCGCCGGGGUGGACCGUCGACGAGCUAAAUGACUGGCAGCGUCCAAUGUCCAGCUAG